AUGGGGCAGCAGGUCCUCUGCACUGGUCUGGCUGGUAAGAUGUCUAACGUCAUGAUGGAAGCCACCACCAUCCUCCCGAUCCUCCGGAAGAAGCUGGCCUUCCUCUCAGGAGGGAAGGACCGGCGCAGUGGCCUCAUCCUCACCAUCCCUCUGUGCUCAGACCAGACCAGCAUGGAGGAGCUCAGUGCCACACUCGAGUACCUGCUCAGCAUCCCCAGUGACAAGUGUAAGGCUCGAGGCUUCACUGUGAUCGUGGACGGCCGCAGGUCUCAGUGGAACAUCGUCAAGACAGUGGUGCUCAUGCUUCAGAACGUGAUCCCUCCAGAGGUGUCCCUGGUCUGUGUGGUCAAACCGGACGAGUUCUGGGACAAGAAGGUCACCCACUUCUGCUUCUGGAAGGAGAAGGACCGGCUGGGUUUUGAGGUGAUCCUGGUUUCGGCCAAUAAGCUGACCCGAUACAUCGAGCCGUGCCAGCUCACAGACGACUUCGGAGGAACGCUGGAUUACGACCACAGCGACUGGCUCAGCAAAAGACUGGUUUUUGAGAAAUUCACCAAAGAGUCCACCUCCCUCCUGGAUGAGCUGUCAAUCAUCAAUGAAGCGGAUAAGAGCAGUGCAGUGGAUAAAGACAAAGCGCUGGACUGUCAUCUGCUGCCAUCGGUUGACCCUGAAACUGUCCUCCAGAGUGGUCAUGAGCUGCUGUCAGAGCUACAGCAGAGGAGGUUCAACGGCUCCGAGGGGGGAGGACCUGGAGGGCCGGCGUGGUGUCCCAUGGAGGAGGAGCUGCUGGCUCAGCCUCAGGUCAUGAAGCUGCUGGACUCUCUGAGGGAACAGUACACCAGGUACCAGGAGCUGUGCAGGCAGAGGAGCAAGAGGAACCAGCUGGAGGACAUCCACACCAAGGUCAUGCAGGUGGUGACGUGGCUCCAGGGCCCCGGCUCCGAGCUGCUGAAGUCGCACCAGGCCAUCGGGGACUCCAUCCGGGCGGCACAGGCCCUGCAGCAGAAGCAUGAGGAGAUCGAGAGCCAGCACAGCGAGUGGUUUGCGGUGUACGUGGAGCUGAAUCAGCAAAUCGGAGCUCUCCUCGGAGCCGGAGAGGAGGAGGAGGUGGCAGAGCUCAAGUCUCUGCAGCAGACUCUCAGUGACGUGUGCUACCGCCAGGCCGCUCAGCUGGAGACCAGACAGAACGUGCUGCAGGCCGCCCAUAGCUUCCACAGCACCACACAGGAGCUGUCCCAGCAGCUGGACAGUCUUCUGGGCAUGCUCUGUGCAGACGUGGCCCCGGUCGACGGAGCUGCCAUCCAACAGAACCUCAAAAUGCUGGAGGAGAAGCUGCAGACUGUGGAGGCCGGCCAGACGUCGCUGCGUCAAAAGGGGGCGCUGUUGCUGGAGCAGAUGUGUGGGCAGACAGCGUGGCCAGUGGAGGAGGCGGACAGGAGCUCAGAGGAGCAGCAGGAGAACGCUCAGCAGAUCCAGGCCGUCAUGGACGAGAUGCAGCUUCGCAAGCAGAGGUGUGAAGACAUGGUGGACGUCAGGAGGCUAAAGAUGCUGCAGAUGGUCCAACUGUUCAAAUGUGAAGAGGACGCUUUACAGUCGGUGGAGUGGCUGAGCGAGCUGCUGGACGCUCUGCUGAAGACUCAUGUGAGACUCGGGGACGACUCUCAGGAGACCAGGACCAUGCUGGACAAGCACCGCAAGUUUGUGGACGUGGCUCAGAGCACGUACGACUACGGGCGCCAGCUGCUGCAGGCCACCGUGGUGCUGUGCCAGUCUCUCCGCUGCACCACGCGCUCCUCUGGGGACACUCUGCCCCGACUCAACCGUGUGUGGAAGCAGUUCAGUGUGAGCGCCGACCACCGACAGACGCGCCUCGAGCUGGCCCUGGACUUCCACACCGCGGCAGAGACGGUGUUACAGGAGGUGUGUGUGGACCCAGUGGCUCUGGACGAUGUGGACUCCUCUGGGAAAGCUCUCCUGGACAGACUCACCACGCCGGUCGUCUUUCCUGAUGGGACCGAGCACUUCUUCGGCAGCCCCAGCGACACGGCGAUGGCGGCCGAAGGCGUCAGAGAGCGCCUCCUGCUGGUGGAGGAGCGGCGGCUACAGCUGCAGGCGGCGGGCAUCGGUUACCACGACGACGGAGAGGACGGAGGGCAGGAGGGGGUGGGCCUUCUGAAGAGACAGGACUCUAAGCUGGACGUGAUCGGAGAGGAACUGAACGAGCGCGAGGAGGAGGAGGAGGAAGAGGAGGAAGAGGAGGAGCUGCACAGAGACGAGCAGGACUGUUGA